GAUAACACCCACCCACCCCCUCCUCCUUACUUGACCUAGAACCUGGCCUCGGGCCGACGCCUCCUGCUCCCUCUCGCUGUCGCGUCUCCCGGCGAUCCUCUCCGUCGACGCCCCGGCUAGCCGCCAUCGUUUCCCGGCGACCAGAUCGACGGCAAUCCCAUCCUCCUUGAUCUCCCUCUCGGGCGUCGGGAGAUCUACGUGGGGACAUGCAUAAGCUGGGGAGAGGAAGCCGCGACAAGGUGCAACAGUUCAUGGCCAUAACUGGUGCAAGCGAGAAGGUCGCCCUUCAGGCACUGAAAGCUAGUGAUUGGCACUUAGAAGGGUCUUUUGAUUAUUUCUACAGCCAGCCACAGAUUUCUGUGACCAAUUCUCGACAUCUUGAAGAUCUUUACAGCAGAUACAAAGAACGUGAUGCUGAUAUGAUCAUGGUGGAGGGCACAUCUCAACUUUGCAACGACCUGUUGGUGGAUCCUCAGGAUGUUGUCAUGCUUGUCAUAUCAUGGCACAUGAAAGCUGCCACAAUGUGUGAAUUUACUCGCCAGGAAUUCAUUGAUGGUCUGCAGUCAAUUGGGGUAGAUUCAAUUGAGAAGCUCCGUGAGAAACUUCCAUCACUGCGAGCUGAGAUAAAGGACGAUAAUAAGUUCCGUGAGAUAUACAACUUUGCAUUUGCUUGGGCUAGGGAAAAGGGUCAGAAAUCCCUUCCACUGGAGACAGCUAUUGGAAUGUGGAGGUUGCUGUUUGCUGAAAGGCAUUGGCCCUUAAUCGAUCACUGGUGUCAGUUUCUCCAGGUCAGGCAUAACAAAGCCAUCUCUAGGGACACAUGGUCUCAGCUGUUGGAAUUUGUUAAGACAAUUGAUCCACAGUUAUCCAAUUAUGACGAAGAAGGUGCUUGGCCCUACCUAAUUGAUGAAUUUGUGGAGUACCUAACCGAGAAUGGAUGCGUUCAGCGUAACAAGUGAACCAUUCGAGGCUGCAUUCUGACUUGGAUAUCAUGAUUUGGUGGUACAAACAUGAUUCAUGUCGAUCAAUAGAAUAUUUAUCUUUGGAUGUCGGCAUUGUUCCAGCUGCCCUUCACAAAGCAGAUGAUGUCGUUUGGUGGAAUCUACUUGCGCAGGGGUGAUUUCACUGGCUAGGAUUGCAAACUAUCUAUCUGGUUUGUAUUUUGUGCUGCACCUAUCUGCUACAGCAUACCCAAAAUAGUUAUUGGUUUACUGCUGAAUGGGCGAUGGGUCUAUAGUUCAUGUAGGUCUAGGUAUGAGGUAAUGCGAACUUGUGCUAUCGGUAUUGAUCGAUUGUUGCCAGAUGGGGCACCUUUCUAUGAGGUAAUGCAAACUUGUGAUAUCUUUCUAGGGACCGUUGGUUUGAACUUUGAAUCGUCCCUGCUUUUUUACUAUGAUUGCUGCUUAGUUGGCUGCAGUUAA